AUGUCUGAUUUUCGAGAACAAAACAAGUCCGGGUCAGAGCAUGAGAGGGACAAGAAGACGACUAGUGACAGCUCAAGCACCGACGAUGACAGACAUACCAGCAGCACUACAGGCCAAGAACCCAGCCCGGAAUCCGACUUGUUAGAUAAGAGCUUUGAAAACAUUUUUGUAACGCAGGUAGCGAUGUUAGACAGGGCAUUGCUAUCCCUCAAAAAAACCACAGAUCAUAUCUUAAGCGAAGUCCGAGGUCAACCCACAGCGAUAGGACUUGAAGUCAAGAACCCCGAAACCGGGAAAAGAAUCAAACUUGAUCAUGCAAGAUUCAUACGCCUAAAUAAGUGGCUCGGUUCCAACAUAGAUAUAUUGAGAAGAUUUAUAUGGCAAGGCGAGAACGACAGCGGGUUGAGAGGAGAUGGACUGGACGGGAAUGAGAUACCAGGAGAUCUCAACAAAAAUUUAUCACUAUUAUGCGACGAGGGGUUUUCAGAGGUCAUCAGAAAUACCGAAUUGCUACUAGAAAAAGAAAAUAUUCUCACAGGAACUACUAUCUUCAAAGACACAAUUGAUGCAAGGGAUUGUUUAGAACUAAUAAAAGAGGAACAUAACCGCUUAAAGGUUUGGAUCUCCAAUACCAAGAUAGAUGAAGGUGCAUUGUCAAUUUUAGUCAACCACGAUUUAUACAAGCAAGCUGGAGCGGUAUUACAGAGUAUUCUUGUGGAUCUGAUAUCACUUUGUGAAGGAUGCUUUACCAAGGACUCUACUGCUCAAAAAAUCGUCGUACUAAAAACUAUUUUUCAACACAUUACCACAACCCCCUUCACACCAACAGCACCUACCCAGUUAGAUGAAUCCGCAGAACCUGCCGGCUCCAACCCGACCCGUCCAGGGUCCAGAGGUUCCAUGGCAUCUUCUGCGUAUACUAUCAUAUUUGACGAAAGGCCUCUUCCAGAGUAUUUGAUUGAGAGCUUAAAGGACUCGAACAAGACGUUGAUCACCCUAGUUAGGUCAUUAGAAAUGGCAAAAGCAAACAUGGGAGAGGGAGCUCACUCGCAAGUCUAUCAGGCCGUUCGACAUAUAAAAGAUAGCCAAAAAUCCCAACCUUCUUCGCCUGUUGAACCCCUUAACCUUCCUCCUCCUCCUGAGCCACUUCAAUUUCCUUCAUUUGUACAUCCCUCUCCAUACCCUCCAGGGGAACAUGUUGAAGGAAACCCUCGUUCGGGCACGGCCCCCGCCUAUGGGAGGGCGCCAUCGCCCAUAUGGUAUCCAAAUCCAUCACCGCCAUCACCAAGGGCACCGGCAAUGGCACCGGCAAUGGCACCGGCAAUGGCACCGGCAUCAGAACCAGAACCAGCACGGGCAGUGGCACCGGCACCUUACCAGCCGUGGGAUCAAGUACCGGCACAAGCGCAAGCACAGGCACCGGCACCGUAUGCGAACAAACAGCUGCGAGAUACACCAGUUUAUAUAGGAUACAUUCCACGAGACCCUCGGAAUACACGCAGAAUGCAUGUAUCUCCCUCAGAAAAACGACUACAGGGGGGAAUUUAUCCCCCAGAAAAGACCUCCAGAAAGCGCUCAGAUGGUUAUCUCUGGGGCAGAAUAAAGUCAGCAGCACUUACUGAAAACAGGAUAUUAAAUGAUUUACUUGAGCAACUGGAAGAGAUCGGCUUUGGCCUUUACUGCGACCGGCACUCCUUGCUAUUUAGUAAUUCGGGCCUUGAAAAAUGGGUUGUCCUUGAAGUUCUUCGAUGUAUGUGGCAUGACGAUUCCCAAAUGACAAGAGAUUCAUUUGCAGAAAAAGCAAAGGGAGUGCUAUCGGGGAAAAAAGACAAAUGGAAUUUCCCAGAAUCACAAGCAAGGCCAGUACUUCCGGUGUCGCCUAUCCAGCAAUUUUCUAUGCAGGACAUGCAGAUUUCCGGGAAACCCGACCCAUACCCUAACAGUUAUGACGCAUACCAACGCCAGAACCCAUAUUUACCAAGGAGAAUCGCAAUGGAAUCUCAGGGAAGAGGUUAUCGAGCUGCCCCGCCGCAGAACGAUAUUCCUAGAUAUAGAUUGCCGGAGCAUACUUUCCGUGGACGGCAAAAUGGCCGGGAACAGCAGCUUAUAUCCUCAACUCCCCACAACCCACAAAUACAAUACGCUGAACCUGAUAUACACUACGCUGAACCGGAUAUACAAUAUACUGAGCACUUACCCCCAACCCGGGUGGGGACUUUCGAAAUGCCUAGCAGAGUCGAACAGGAUGGAAACCGCGAUCAAUACCAAGCACAAAAUCGUUCACACGAGCCUCAACCAGAUUUAGGGAGGGGACAUUAUGCUCCAUAUAGCUCACCAUAUGCAACGGAUGACAUGAUCAACAGGGCAAUGGGUCGUGUGACUCAUUCUUCCCCUUACACUACCCAUAUCGGGGUCUCUAGGACUCAUCCCACGCCUCAAAAUACUAAUACCGACAACACCUUAAGCAAUGUGUACCAAGAGAUGAGCGCCGCGUACCUAGUGCGCGCCCAUAAUAAAGAUGGGACAGCUAAGGAUACCAAGGAAGACGGGCCCGAAGGAGCUCCUCCAAAAAGUAAUCUCAGUAAGAACAAAAUGAAGGCGCUUAGACCGGAGGUUUCUUCAGUUGAUCCAGUGGAAGUGCUCAAAGAAGAGGCUGGGGAACGCUAUGAGUGA